UAUGUAUUGCGGUUUAAAUAACUUGGGUAACACAUGUUACAUGAAUUCUCUCCUUCAAACUCUCUUUAUGACUCGUCAAUUUAGAGAAGCUCUUUUUAAGUGGAAAUAUGAUGAAACAAAGCAUCCAAAAAGAGAAGAUUGCAUCCCAUAUCAAUUAUAGUAUCUUUUCACCAAGAUGCAAGAAGGCUAUGAGAAUAGAGCUACAGAUGCAAGAGGUUUAGUGAGAUCAUUUUAAUGGGAUCCAUAAGAAUCAUUUGCAUAACAUGAUGUUUAAGAAUUUUGCAGAGUACUUUUUGAUGCAAUUUAAUAAUCUGAUGAUUAAGAUUUCAUCACACGAUUAUAUCAAUCUCAUUCAUAAUCCUAUGUGCAAUGUCUUAAGUGUUAAUAGGAGAGUGUAUCGAAUGAAGUUUUCUUGGAUCUUUCACUUACUGUAAAAAGUGAUUUUUUAAAUGUUUACAAUGAAUCUUUGGAAAGAGCAUUAUACUAUUAUAUAAAACCUGAGAAGUUGGAAGGUGAAAACAAAUAUUUCUGUUAACAUUGUAAUGAAAAAACAGAUGCUCUUAAAGGAUUUAGAUUGAAAGCAUUAUCAGAUAUUCUCACAAUUCAAUUAAAUCGUUUUGAGUUAGAUAUGAAUACAUUUGAGAGAAAGAAGGUUAAUGAUUAUGUUUCCUUCCCUUUUGUUUUAGAUAUGAACAAUUUUCUUAAACCUUAUGAUUAAAUUGUUAUUGAAGAUCAUCCAGAUUUAUUAGAAGAGAGAGAGAAAUUAAAGUUAUAAUAUGAAUAAGAGAAAUUAUAAGGUUGUUUUAGUGAUCCUUUAAGAAGAAAGAAUAGAAAACCCUCUCCAGAUGAAAGAGUUUCAAAAGUUCAUUUUAAUGAUACUCCAUAAAUAGUAUAACCAGAUGAUAAAUUGCAAUUCAAAAAGUAAUUAUUAGAAGCUCAUUAAGAAUUCUAAUAAAAAUUUUAAAGUUUAAAAUCAACUAAUACAUCUUAAACUUAAUUUACAUCUUAGACUAUACCAAAUAAUCCUAAUCUAAUUUUAACAGCUGAUGAAGCAUAUGAUUUUGAUAAUGAUAUUUUAUUUGGAGGCAAUUUAGAUAAUUUAGGUGAUUUAGGAGAAGGUACUACUGCUAAUACAGUUAAAACUAUUAAAGAAGUAUAAGGAAGUGCAAAAACUUAGAAUUAUGAUGAAAAAGAAAUUUAAGAAAGAAUUGAAAAUGAAUCUCAUAAUUUAUCAAUUAAAUAAAAAAUCUAAGAAUUAUUAUAAAAUGGACCAAAUGUUUAUGAAUUAUAUUCAGUUAUGAUUCAUUCAGGAGGAGCAUUAGGAGGACAUUAUUAUGCAUAUAUAAAAUCUUUUGAAAAUGGAGAUUGGUAUUGUUUUAAUGAUUCUACAGUUUCAAGAAUAUCUUGGAAAACAAUAUUAACUAUGUUUGGAGAUAAAUAUCCAAAAUAUAAUAUGGGAAGUAGUGCUUAUUUUUUAAUGUAUAGAAGAGCUGGUGAAGAACUAAGCACUUAAAAGCCAACAAUUUAAGAACAUUUAAAAGAAGCAAUAGUUAAAGAAUUAUAAGAAUAGAAAGAAAGAGAGGAGAAGUGGGAAAGAGAAAAGAAAGAAAGAGAAAUGGAAUUAAAAAUUAGAUGUUUUUAUAAAAAUAAUGAUGCUGUUAUAAAAACUAGAAAAGAUACUCUUUUGAAAGAUUUCAAAUUAUAAGUCAGAUAAGAAUUGAAUGUAUAAGAAGAUGAGGAGAAUACAAGAAUAAGAUUUUAUAAUCAUAUGGAUAACAUUCCAUAAGAUACAUUUACAAAUAAAGAGAAUGAAACAUUGUAAAGUUUAUAUUUUAAUGAUUUUAAAUCUGUUCUUUUAGAAACAAAAGCACCACAUGAAAAAUUUGAAGAUUAUGAUCCUCAUUUAAUGUUGAUAAAAUUAUGUGUUUGGAGGAAUGAUAUUGAAUCAUUAGAUGAAUCAGAAUUGAAACCUCUUAAAAUAUUUAUUCGAGAUGAUAAAACUGUUGAAUAAUUUAUGGAUACAAUUACUUAAAGAUUAGGAGUACCUAAAGAUAAAUAAAUAAUCUUAUAAAAGAAUUGGAUAAAUGGAGCAACAAAUUAUUCUAUUAGAAUGAACUAAUAACAUUAAUUAGAUUUUACACUUUAUGAUCUUAGAAUUGGAAGAAAUGUAACAUUAUAUUUAGAAGAAAAAUAAGAUGAUAUUGAUCUACCAUUAAAUUGGGAUUAAAAAUUUGAAUGUGAAAAACAUAAAUGUAGAGUCACUUUUAAUGAUCCUAGAAAAUAAUUAUUACCAUUAGAAUCUCCUGAUUAUUGUUUUGAAUUAUAAAUUGAUAAUAGAAAAACUAUGUAAGAAUUAAAAGAAAGAAUGAGUGAUUUCUUAGGUAUAGAUAUUGAUUCAUUCAUUGUUAAAAAGAGUAAUAGAUAUGGUGAAGAAAUUAAAGAUUUAACUACUACAAUAAAGAACAAUUAAGCUAUUGGUAGAGCAGCUUUUUGUUUAAUGAUGGGUAAGCCAUCAACUAAAGGAAUAUACAAAAUUAAAGUAGGAAUGGGAGGACUUUCACCAAAAUAUUCUGAUACUAUUGAAUUUGAAUAUUAAGAUUUAUUUGAUAUGGAAAUCAAUUCUGAAUGGUAUGUAAAAGAACUUAAGGAAAAAUUGUGUUAAAAGUUGGAAGAAUUAAAAUAAAUUACAUUGUAACCAAAUCUUAUAAGAUUGAGAUAUAAAUUAAAUACAAAACUUAGUCAAGUUUAUCAUGAUGAUUAAUUAUUAAAAAAUUUAAGGCUAUUUGAUAAUCAAACAAUUAUUAUUGAAAAAUUAGAAAAACAAGAUGAAAUCAAAGAAAAUUAAUUAUUGGGAUAUGUGAGAUUUUAUAAUCCAAAAGAUUUUACUCUUUCAUUUCCUCCAAAAGAGAUCUUUCUUAAUAGUACAGACACAAUGCAUGAUGUAUCCAUUGUUAUAUCAAAUUAAUUUAACAUAAAUUAAGAUGCUAUCGAAGCUAUUAAAAUAAAUAAUAUAUUCAGUUUUACAAUUACUGAUUUAGUAACUGCAAGUUUUGAUUGGUAAUUGCUUAAAUUCAAUUAAAAUACAGUUAGCAAAGGUCCAUGGUUCCUAUUAAAGGAUUCUUACUUCAUUAUGUAUUAUUAUAUCUCUAUUAUUUUAGUGUUCGGGAUGCAAGAGAAGUUCCAAAAGAUAUGACUGAAUUAAGAUAAAAAGUAGAUGAGAUUCUAGCCAAAUCUUCUGAUCCUUCUAAAAUAUAAUAAAAAAUACCUGUAUAAUCAACCAAACCAAAAGAAAAAGCAUUAAAAAUUACAGUUGUUAAGUAUUAAAAUUAUUUAUUAUUAUAGAAAAUAAGAUGAAUAAUUAAAAUAAGAAGAAUUAUAAAAAUAAUAAGAUGAAUUAUAAAAAUAAGAAGAAUUAUAAAAAUAAUAAGAUGAAUAAUAAGAUAAGGUGGAAUAGUUAGAUAAUUAAGGUAGUAUAUAAUAAAAUAUAAAUGAAAUAUCCCAAACUGAAAAAUAAGAUUGA